UAGACUUUCUGUUAAAAAACUAACGGUCAACGGCAGUCAGCUCUAACGGAAAAAUAAUUUAGGACACAAAUGUCAUAUCGGAUACUUUAGGACACAAAUAACACAAAGUUAAUAGUUCGGGUUUUCUAGUGGUAUUAGCCCUUUUUUUAUGGAUCUCAGCCUUCUUGUGAGUUAUCAAAGAGUGAGAAAGAACCAAAAUAUGUGUGGUAUAUUUAAUUAAUUUUUAAGUUUUAAUGUUUUUUUAUAUUUCAAUUAGCGAUCUCAAUCCUGAAAUACCAAACAACACUCGAAAGUGAAUCUAAAAUCCAGUUCCUAAAAAUAAAUCGGUAUUCGACAAAUCCAAACAAAGUAAAGCCGGUACGAUAUUUGAUAUAUCUCGAAUGCAGUAUCAAAAUUCCAAUCCUAAAUAGCAUGGUCAAUGAUCCCAAGUUUAUGUAAGGAAGUGGCUAAGUACCAUACAUGGGCCUGUAUAAGAUCCAGCAUAACCUUCUCCCAAUAGCUCGAGUUAUUGGGACCAACUGCUUUAUGACAUGGUAUCAGAGCUAGCAACGUUCAGCUAAGUCCAGAUCCAGCUUCUUUCCUUCUCUACUCGUAUAAUAAUCCUCGUCAAUUCUCCCUCAAUCACCAUGUUGGACUCCUCUGCCUCUGCAAUUACCUAUGAAGAAACUGUGAUUACAUUCAAUCCUGCUGGACAAUUAUCCCUAAAGCUCACACCAACAAACUUCAAUUCCUGGGGAUCCCAGUUGGAAACGCUACUCAUAUGGAUGGACCUCAUAGGCUACAUUGAUGGAACAGUUGUCGCUCCUGCCCCAACGAUCAAGGAAAACGACGUCAGUCGCCCCAACCCGUUGUAUCGCCAUUGGUUUCGCCAAGAUAAGCUGAUACUUCAUGCCCUUCGUUGCUUAAUUUCUGAAUCUCUGUAUUCAUUUGUUUAUGCGACAAGUACAUCAAGAGAGGCAUGGUUAACACUUGAUAGGUUAUAUGCGGGUCGUUCUCAAUCCCGUAUAAUCAAUCUCAAAGACAAAUUGUAUCGGAUAGUUAAAGGUAAUCGGGACGUUCUUACAUUUGUGAAUGAUCUAAAGCUCACAGCGAUAGAGCUGGCUCUCGUGGGUGAACCUGUCUCGGAUCUGGACUUCGUGGUUUAGUGUCUUCGUGGCCUUGGAUCGGAUUACAAUCACUUUGCUGCCGCAGUUCGUGCCCAAGGAACAAUGGUCACUGUCGAAGAACAUCUUGAUGUUUUGGUUGAAUAUGAAACAAAUUUAAAGGAGCAGACCCGUCUGGAUGCGGUUCCCACUGCCUUUUAUUCCACCGGGACUCGCCGUGGUGGCAAAAAUGGUGGCGGGCAGUCACACGGUGGCUGUGGCCUUCACUCCUCUCGCGGCGGCAAUCAGGGUUUUUCGCGUCCCCAACAGCAGCACUAUAAUCUCCAGCAGCCGAUUUACAACUGUGGGCUGGAACCCUACAACCAGCCCACACGCCGCACUCCCUCCAUGCCUGUUGGGCCUUCCUCAUCAGCUAAGCCCAGCAGUUCCAGGUGGGCCUCAGUGAUCUAUCAGUUUUGUGACAGGCCCGGUCACUCAAGUAAGACAAUGUUCUAAUCAAUUUCCUCAGGCUCGCCAGGCUUAGGCUAACACCACUCACACUGGUUCAGCUUGCAACCCUUCCUCUUCUGGGUCUUGGAUUAUUAACUCGGCAGCAAGUCAUCAUGUGACAUCUGAUUUGGGCAAUCAGUCAAUUUAUUCUGAUUAUACGGGCACGGACGAGAUCUUGGUUGGUGAUGGUUCAGGUUUGGUCAUCUCUCAUAUUGGCUCCUCCUCUCUCUCUCUCUACUGGUUCUCAUUACUUGCUUUUGCGUGAUAGAUUAUGCGUAACCACCAUCAAGAACAUUUGAUUUCUGUUGCCAAGUUAUGUCGAACUAAUCCGGUAUCGGUCAAAUUUUUUGCUACUCAUUUUGUUGUGAACGAUCUUCGCCGGGGGCGCAGCUGUUGGGGGGGGGGGGGUGGAACAACGGUGAUGUGUAUGAACUGCCUCAAGAAAUCAAGAAUGUUUGCAUGGCUCUUGUCACUACUCGAACGACAACAACAUUUUGGCAUACUCUCUUCCAGUCUUCUCCGGUCAUACUCUCUUCCAGUCUCAUCUUCACUUACAAACUCUCUAUGUGAUGCCUGUCUCUCAAAUAAAAGCCAUUAACUCCA